AUGCUUACCAUUAAGCUUUGCCCUUACAUUACCAUGAUAAGCGUUUGCCUUAUCGUGGUUUCUGGUGAAGAAUCCAAGCAUUUUUUUCUAACCGCUGCUAAAAGUGUACCAAGAAUCGGGAGGAGUGCUAGUAAAAAUGGGAAUUCCGAUUUCGAAAACUUCUUUUUGAAAGCUUCAAAGUCUGUACCGAGAAUCGGAAGAGAAAAUAACGAGGGGAUUAAUUCAAUUGAUAAUGAUGGGUGGGCUAGCCCUAUGAAAUAUCCUAACUGGAACGACAUAGCGUACUUAUACGAAUACCAGCCAGAAUUAUUUGCAUCAGACGAUCUACACGAUAAUUACGAACAACAUUUGCUCGGAAAUGUUCCUUCCAUGUACAAUGCUGAAAACGCAAGAUUUAAAAGGACCAUUCCGCAAAGGUUUACUUUCAGUGGGAGAAAGUAA